ACCUUUCCCUUAUACUUUCUUGUUCAUACGCAUAUAAAAAGUCAAGUUCCACUCUGGACUUUAUAACCACCCAACCUUUUCCACUUCUCAUUUUCUCAGGAAAAGCCUAGAAAAUGAGCAAAGAAACUCCAUAACCAUAACCACAAACUGCUCUCCUCCAGCAUGAGCCAUGGCGAAGACAUUGCUUACAACGUCGUCAUGGCCUUCCUCUCUUUCUCUCUCAUUGCCCUCGGUGUCAUCCUCUUCUUCCUCUACAAGAAUAAACCAGUUGAUGAGUUCCAAGAAACCAUACCCACCAAGCUCUAUGCAUCUCCAUAUUCACUAAUGGACAUAGAUUCUGCCACUGAUGGGUUCAACCACCGGCGACUUAUUGGUCAAGGUAGGCUCGGAACUGUCUAUGCAGCUGUGUUGCCAAGUGGAGAACUAGUCGCCGUGAAGCGGAUUCAUCCCCGGAUUGUUUUGAGCAAUGCAGGUUUUGGGUUCUCAUCGAUGCUCAAGUGGCUGUCUUUGGCUCACCACCCCAACAUAGUCCCGGUUCUAGGGUUUUCAGAGGCUCCAGGAGAGAGAAUUAUACUAAUGGAGUUUGUGGGUAUGAUGAGUUUGGACUAUUAUUUGCAUCAAAACUCCGAUGACAUGUCACUCCUUGAUUGGCACAGGCGUUUGAGGGUGGCAGCUGGGGUGGCUCGGGCGGUUGAGUACUUGCAUGAAGUGGUGGCACCACAUAUAGUCCAUGGUUGCAUUAAGCCCUCAAAUGUGUUGAUUGAUGUCAAGUUUUGUGCUAGGGUUUGUGAUUAUGGGCUGUCUUUUUUGGUACCUCAAGAGAGGAGAGGACUUGAAGGGUAUGUGGAUGAUGAGUAUUGGGUUGAGAGAAGAGGGGUUUCAAAGGAAUGUGAUGUUUUCGGGUUUGGGGUGGUUUUGCUAGAGCUUUUGAGUGGGAGAGGAAGUGAAAAUGGUUUGAUUGUGAAUUGGGCGUUGCCUUUGAUUAAAGAAAUGAAGUUUGGUGAACUUUUGGACCCAAGAUUAGUAAUUCCCUCUGAUAUGAAGCCUCUUGUUAGAUUGGCCAAAGUUGCAUCAGCUUGUGUUGGGAAUUCUAGAAGAAACAGACCUUCUAUUGUUCAAGUGGCAUCUAUUUUAAACAAUUUGGAGAUGGAUCUAUGUUUUUGAGUGAUGGGUUUCUCCAACACUAGCCAAUGGGUCAUCUUGAAUGUGUAGGAUUUUUCUUUUCCUUUUUUCUUAUGUAAAUUAUAUUGUAGUCGUUGUAAAUUGUCUGGGGUUAAUUUGAAUAUUAUAAUUUUAAUUGUAUCAAUUUUAUUCUUAAA